AUGCCAGCUGGUGACAAGGGCAAUAAGGGGCUCGACGGCAACAUGUUGUGCCAUUCGACAUCACCCAAAAUAUGGCCGAAGACAGUGGGUGAUGUGUUGGUCGAAGUUUUGGAACCGAAAUCAUUUCUCAAGCUCAAAUGUACUGUACCAGAUGGCCAAGCUGUUGCCGCUGCCGAGCUUCUUUUGGAUCUUGACACAAUAAAGUCAUACCGCAUUGACAAUAGACAGUUGAUCAAUGAUUGGUCUUUGGUUGCUAGAUCUACUGGCCCGCUGUUUCUUCAUCGUGGCUUCGGACCUCAUCAGUUCAGUCAUCAGUGUACAGACUUGAGUCAAACGGCCGGCACCGACUCGUUAUUGGUUUGGAACAUUGGAAUUGAAUGCUUUGCGCUCUCCUCCAAGCACGGCCCUUGUUUCUCAAAUUUGCGCCGCUCAUUACUCCGCGACACUCCCAUUUCGGCUGAACAAGAACGACAGCUGUUUUCAAGCAGUUCGAAGUGUUUGACGGGGAACCGUGCCGACUUAUCAACGCAUGAGAUUGAGCAACACCUUGGACCAAAUGCCUGCUUAAUCGUCCUUCCAAUUGAGUGGAAUGCCGAUCAGCCACUCUUCUGUCUAGAUAUCGAGCGCUACAACGACUUCAGCAUGUCGUCCAGAUCGUUAUCGUAUUCCACAUAGCAUCACUAUAACUAAACCUGAAACACGCUUGAGGAGUUGGAAGCUACAGCUGCAAUGCGCUCGUAUUAAUCCAUUUGUCUGCAAAGGUGGUCGAUGACCUUGCAUUCCUUCCUCCUCUGAGCAACAUCAAAGCAUAGCACAGCGCGCUAUCGCAGCGCUACUUCGCAGUAGAAACAUAGUGUGCUCAUUGCAGUCAAAACACAUUUCAGACCUCGACUUGUCUGGGAAAUGGCAUCCAGCAUGGUGUCCGGAGCGGUCCCUAUUUGCAGUCACCCAUAGUUCUUUUCAGCAUAUUCAAUAGCAAGUGUUGGAGCCAAUCGAUGCUAUUCGAUGCACAAGCUGCCAGCAUAGUAGAACGACCUGUCAGCAGCAGAUGAUGGCCAUGGUCGUGUGUAGU